AUGUACAAAUUGGCAUUCUUUGUUGGUCUGUUCUGUGUUUUCGGGCAUUCCAUUAUGCCGGGCGCUGAAGCCAUAAUGGCACCACCGAGUCCUGUCUCGGGCUUGUUGGGCGCCUUUGUACAAUGUAUCGAUAGAGGACUGGAAGCUGCAUGUAGUCCUGUUGGCACCAUAAUUAAUUCCUCGGACGGCACCAAAUGCCAAGUGCUCAAUUCCUAUAACACCUUUGUUUUUCUAUCUUGCAUCCAAGAGGCGCUUUUUAGUCAACCACUGACUAUUGUGAGUGACGAAGAGUGUGCAUUGCUUAAUGGUGCAGCUCAGGAAAAUAGUCCGUUGCCUGCGAACGAAUUGAACAGAAAAAAAAGGGCAACACAACUACAACAAGAGCCAACAGCUUCCGGAACUAAAAUCGGUAUUAACGGAUUUGGUCGCAUCGGUCGCCUAGUUUUGCGUGCUGCCAUUGAAAGAGGCGACUCUGUGGUCGCUGUCAACGAUCCUUUCAUUGAUGUGAACUAUAUGGCUUACAUAUUGCAGUCCGAUUUCGACCAAGAAAAUAUCCUGGGUACCGUAUCCACUAAAGAUGGUUUCCUAAUUGUUAACGACCAACAGAUCAAGGUACUCAACAAAAUGAAUCCCAACAAAAACGACUGGGCCGCGACUGGUGCUGAAUACAUUGUAACGAUUACUGAGGUCCCCAAAAUAAACAUUGGAUAA